GCGCUCCACACGUGUUGUAGCUGCAGAUUUUUUUUUUUUGAAGGUUACAGGGGAGGCAGCGGCUGGGCUUUUUGUGUCCGCAGCAGAGGGUCAGAGGAGCGGCGUGCUUGCUUGCUAGCAGAGGCCGGGGUUGGAGCAGCCGGACACGGAGCCAUGGAUCCCAUGAAGGCGCAGCAGCUGGCGGCGGAGCUGGAGGUGGAGAUGAUGGCGGACAUGUACAACCGGAUGACCAACGCCUGCCACAGGAAGUGCGUCCCGCCGCACUACAAGGAAGCCGAGCUGACGAAGGGCGAGUCGGUGUGCCUGGACCGCUGCGUGGCCAAAUACCUGGACCUUCACGAGAGACUGGGACGCAAGCUCACAGAGCUGUCCGUGCAGGACGAGGAAAUGAUGAGGAAAGCCGCCGUGGGGAGCGGAUAGAGACCCCGGCGUCUGUGUGCAGAAUGCAGCGGGUUUGGGCUGGGGGAGGGAGGGGGGGGGGGUAGCAUGUAUGGGUUGGUAAAUUAAAUGUGUUUAAAGUACUGAGGGUCCAUCAGGAUGAGCUCGGCCUCUUUCGCAUCAGAGGACGGCACAGACUGCAGCACCGACGGCGGGACCUGCAGCUCCACAGGGCCUCUCUGGACCGGUUCCUUCCUCCAGGUUGGCCUGAAGGUCUCCCCUGCAGAGAACUGACUGCAAACAAGGACACGGGCUCACACUUCUGAGUUCGCUUCAUGGCUCUCUUCCACCCGGCUUUGGCCCAGUUUACGAACCGAACUCAACCGCCUCAACAUUUAGCUGCAUCCGAAGUAAAAGCGUGAGGUUGUUAUGGGACAUCGUCCAGCUAGGUGUGUUUAAAUGAAGUCUUUUUAAUGUGGGCAUGCAGACAGAGCCGGGCCAAGGUAUAAGCAACUCAAGCUGCUGCCCAACGCCCUCCCAACCAGCAGGGGGGGCCCAAAGAAAGCUUAUCUAUAUUAAUCAGAAUUUCAGAUGUGGAAUCGUACUUAUUAAAAAUGAGCCUAAUGUUGAAUUUGCCCUCAAAAUUUCUGAAUAAAGCUAAAAGAUUCUUUGAUUUAUAUAUGAAGGUAAAAAGUAACAAUUUGAAAGAACUAACAAAUGCAUUAGGUUAAUUACUUAUGUUAACAGUCUUAAUUUAACAGUUUCUUUUGCUUGACGGUCAUUACAUGCACACUCAUCUGCAAAUACAUUUCAAUACAUAGUUGACGGUUUUUCUUGGACUUCAUGGAAGCCCUAGGCUGUAUUAAACAGCAGACCUGACUGCCAGACCCAAUGAAGCAAACCUACAUGAUCUGUUUCUGAAAUAAUGGGGAAUGGCUGCUCCUAGAGGGUCAACGUGAUGAUUUUAACUAUGAAUCAUAACACUAUGGGUCGUUAAUAUGCAAAUAUGCAAACUGGGACAAUUUAAAAGCGACAUUUUACAUCCUAGCAAAAAUUGGGCCCUUGAAGUGAGUCGUUCUGCUCACCAUCGCCGCCUGCAGUAACCGUGUCGUUGAAGAUGUUGGAACCAGAUUAGGAAAUAAAAUGUCAGAAUAUUUGUGUCGGUGUCGUUGAGAUGAAACGUUUUUACCGCGACGCCUCGCAUCAUUUACUGUUAUUAUCCUGAUGGGCUGGUUCUGUGUUGUUCCUACAGAUCAAAUGGACUUUGCUCUGACUUUGUUUGUCUGUCGGUGGACGCCAGUGUGUGUGUCGCCGUUGAUAUUUGUCCAUGUGCAAACUGUUGUAACUAAAUAAAAACGAUGAGCCCAGUU